AGAGAUGACAAGAGGAAAGGCUGGUGUCUGGUUUCUUCUCUGCUCUUUCGUUUCUCUUCAAAUUUUGAGAGGCUCUGCGGCUGCAGCUGAUGGCAACAAAAAUAAGGAGUUUUACAUCGUUUACUUGGGAGAUAGUCACGAAAAUGAAGAUCUUGCAGCUCAGUCACACCUGCAACUCCUUUCAUCUCUCAAGGGAAGUGACAAUGAGGCAAAAGAGUCGUUGGUCUACAGCUACACCAAAAGCUUCAACGCUUUCGCUGCCAAGCUAUCCCAAUAUGAGGCUGAAGAGUUAUCAAGCCUAGAAGAGGUGGUCUCUGUCUUCCCCAACCGAUACCACGAGCUCCACACGACCAAAUCGUGGGACUUCAUCGGGUUUCCUCAGACGGCGAGAAGGAACCCGAAGACGGAGAGCGACAUCGUCGUGGCCCUGUUCGACACAGGGAUCACGCCUCAAUCUGAGAGCUUUGCUGAUAAAGGGUUUGGUCCUCCACCGCCCAAAUGGAAAGGAAGUUGUGGUCACUAUGCUAAUUUUUCAGGAUGCAACAACAAACUUAUAGGAGCCAAGUACUUCAAGCUCGACGGCACGCGCAACCCGAGCGACAUCCUAUCUCCGGUCGACGUGCAAGGCCACGGGACCCAUACCUCGUCCACCCUGGCUGGCAACCUCGUGCCUAACGCAAACCUCUUCGGCCUUGCCGGCGGGGCUGCACGGGGCGCGGUGCCGUGGGCUCGGGUGGCCAUGUACAAGGUGUGCUGGGUCGGCGAGGGCUGCUCGGACAUGGACUUGCUUGCAGCGUUCGACGCGGCCAUUCACGAUGGCGUCGACGUCAUCUCCAUCUCCAUCGGCGGCACGAUGCCCAACUACACCGAGGACAGCAUAGCCAUCGGCGCGUUCCAUGCCAUGAGGAGAGGGAUCCUGACCGUGACUUCUGCCGGGAACGACGGGCCAAGCUUGGCCAGCGUUGCAAACCACGCGCCGUGGCUCGUUACGGUGGCGGCCAGUGGCAUCGACAGGCAGUUCCGGAGCAAAGUCCAGCUGGGGGAUGGGAGGACCCUUUGGGGAGUGGGAGUGAACACGUUCGAUCCGAAGGAGAAGCUCUACCCGCUGGUGAGCGGGGCGGACGCGGGGGCGAACUCGAGCAAAUGGAGCGCGAGUUACUGCAUGGACAACUCGCUGGAUCGGGUCAAGGUGAAAGGGAAGCUCGUGUACUGCAAGUUUUCGAUGCCGGGUGGCGACUCUGUCGUCAAAGGGAGCGGAGGGAUCGGCGCCAUCAUCGAGAGCCUGCAGUUCCUCGACACUGCGCGGAUAUUCAUGGCCCCGUCAACCAUGGUGAACGGUACUCUCGGCGAGGCGAUCGACAAGUACAUUCACUCUACCAGAUCUCCAUCAGCAGUAAUACACAGAACAGAGGAAGUGAAAAUACCGGCCCCAUUCGUCGCGUCAUUCUCUUCUCGGGGUCCAAAUCCGGGGUCUCAGCACAUUCUCAAGCCUGAUAUUGCAGCACCGGGGAUCAACAUAUUGGCAUCGUUCACGCCGAUGAGGUCGCUGACCGGGCUGAUAGGCGACACCCAGUACUCGAAGUUCAACCUAAUGUCCGGGACAUCCAUGGCAUGCCCUCAUGUCGCCGGCAUAGCCGCUUAUGUCAAGUCUUUCCACCCGUCUUGGACUCCUGCUGCUAUCAAAUCUGCCAUCAUGACCACAGCGAAACCGAUGAGCCGGAGGACGAACCCCGACGGCGAGUUUGCAUACGGCGCCGGCCAGCUCAACCCAACCCGAGCCCUCAACCCGGGCUUAGUGUACGACAUGGGGGAGAUGUCCUAUAUUCAGUUCCUCUGCAGCGAGGGCUAUCCCGGGUCCUCAUUGCGGGUCCUGCUCGGCCCGGACCAGGCUGUGAACUGCUCCUCGUUGGUUCCCGGAGUCGGAUACGAUUCGCUCAACUACCCCACUAUGCAGCUCACGCUAAGAAACGCCCGAGAACGGACGGUCGGAGUCUUUGUAAGGACGGUCACGAACGUCGGUCCCGCUCGGUCCGUAUACAACGCCACGGUCAGAGCUCCAAAGGGCGUGAAGAUCGCCGUCAAGCCCAUGAGCCUGUCCUUCACUCGUGCGAUGCAGAAGAGAAGCUUCAAGGUCAUCGUGGAGGCGGAGCCGACGCUGGAGAACCAGGUCGUGUCCGGUUCGCUCGCGUGGAAAGGCUUGCAUCGCGUCGUGAGGAGUCCGAUCGUGAUUAACGGCAUCCGGUUCGAUGGCGAACCGGAUCGACUCGGGAUGGACUGAAAAACGGAAAAUCGGAGGCGUGUGGAGAAGAAGAUACAGGAAAGGAAAGGAAAUUAUGGAUAUGG